CAACAGUUGUCUAUAUGACUGGACUGCACGAUGAUGUGACCAUCCACCUCUUAAAAAUGUAUUACCAGCAGAGUAGAUAUCGACUAAGUCGUGGUCAUUACGACAAUUUUUUCGAUUGCGACAUUCAACCAUUCCGAAUACUAUUCGUUAUUCGACGGAUUUCCUGCAACUGUGGUAUUUGCCGUGUUCGAUUGUAUUGAUUAAAUAUAGCCAAAUAAAUUGACGCCAAGAUGUCUUCUAAACAGAUUCAAAAAUUUAAGGUUGAAAUUGAAGCACUAAAACAAAAAAUUCGUGAUCAAGAGGAGGCACAUGAACAAGAAAUUCAAUAUCUAGAAAAAAAAAAUCGUGAUCUUAGUUCUAUUAACGCUAACCUCAACACUGAAAUUCAAGGUCUAAAAAAAAAAAAUCAUGAACUUGUGCUUGAAAUUCAGGAAGUUGUAGACGAAAACCAAGAUCUAAAAAAAAAAAAUCGUGAUCAAAAGGAGGCACAUGAUGGAGAAAUUCAAUAUCUAGAAAAAAAAAAUCGGGAUCUUAGUUCUAUUAACGCUAACCUCAACACUGAUAUUCAAAGUCUAAAAAAAAAAAAUCAUACACUUGUGAUUGAAAAUCAGAAAGUUUUAGACGAAAAUCAAGAUCUACAAAAACUUUGUACCAAAUUUGAAAAUUCGAAAGUUUUUAAUCGCAUUACUCUGUCACCUGUCUCGGUGGAUAAAUUACAACACUGUACGGAAUGGUGGUGCCCAAAGCAUUCAAAGUUUGCGACUAUUGUUCAGACGUUUGACCCAAAAAAUGAAGAAGAUAAGCUAAUAGUAGAUCGUGCAAAAGCUAGGUUUAGAUACUGGAAUAAAAAAGAUGAUGGGGAUACAUGCUGCAAAAAUAAUCGUCAAAAUAAAGAUAGGAACAAGUUUUUGCCACCAUCAAAUUGGCCAAAAUGAUCCAAAUCAAUGCGAAUAUAACUUACUAUACAAGCAUAUGCACACAAUAGCUUUAAAAAUAUGAACACAUUUUAGCUUUAAAAUUCAUAUUUCAUUAUAUUUUAUUAUAAUAUUUAAAUAAUAAUUAAU